AUGUCGCGCUACAACGAUGACUACCGCUCGUCAACCGGCACCCUCGACUCCCGCGAUCGCUACGACCGCUACUCGCGGGGACCACCGGUGGCUGAACGACCCCGCCAAGUAGAUGACGAGCGGUUCGAGUUCCGACUUCGCGAAGAAGACAGCUACGGUCCUCCCGCGCGCGCUCCAAAUCGAUCCUACGACGACGACCACCUGGACCACCCUCCUAGCCGUCGGCGGGAGCAACGCCGCGACGACAGCCCAGACUUUCGUCCCCCGCGCCUGGUGAGACGGCAGUCGUCCCUUGAUACCUUUGACCGUCUCCCGCGGCGCAGGAUGGAGGCACCCGGGCGCAGCGGCCCUGGUGUCCCUCCUUCGGCGAGAAGUAGAGGUGGUGGCCUCGUGCCUGCGCCGCCGCCACCUAGGCGCCGGUCACCGCCUAGAUAUCAUGAGCGCGAGGUCUAUGAGGAAAUUCGCAUCGCUGAGCCCGACUACUACGGUGACGAGGAGUAUCGUGAUAUUAGGGACAGAGACCGCAUGGCUGAUCGUCGACGCUCGAGUAGCGCGGCCAGACAUCGUGAGGAGAAGCCCUAUCCUCGCAAGGGAAAGACUCGUCUGCCGAGGAAGCUGGCGCAUACGCAUGCUAUUUCCGAGCUUGGGUAUCCCUACAAGGAGGAGACUCUCUUCGUCAACUCCUCAUCUCCCCGAUCCAGCUACGAAGAGUUCAUCGUGGAGGGGUCUCCAUCGCGGCACCGAGAUAUCGAGUUCGAAGAAAUCAUCGAGCGGCCGCGCCACUUCCAAACCAUCUCCCGUCCCCGCUCUGUGUCUGUCCAUGGUCGCAGACGAGUAUCAUCGCCCAUGCGAUACGUGGAACCCCAGUUUUUCGAGGAGCGCAUCGAGUCCGUUAGUCCCCGCACCGGUUCGAUGGUCUUAGUCCAGCCGAGAAGCAGCGAAAAUGACGUCCGCGAGCUGGAACGGGAGAUCCGCAUGCUGCAACUCGAGCGACAGGGUGGUAUUGAAAUUACUCGGGAACACGAGACGGACCUGAUCGAUAGCAAUGGCAAUUCGGAGGAGAUUACGGAGCUCUCGAGGUCCGAACGCAGACGUAUGUGCCCUGGUAUCUGCAUGAGAUUCUAUACUGACUGCGGAUACAGAACCGAAUUCCCGGAUUGUGCGGGCGAUGUUUGCCACUUUGACGUGAUAUGCGGGAUGGAUGAUGAUGUUCUUCUCUUCAGUAGUGUUUUAUUGCAUCGACCUUUCUUUCCAUUUUUCAAGUAUGUCAUGGUUGUUGUUGUUGCUGUAAUCAAGAUAAAGUGA